AUGUCGUCGGACGUCUUCAGCUCCAGCUUCCGUGCCUUCUGUCAGGGCGUGCAGCACGCCGUCUCGUUGCACCGCAUCCUCCUCUUCUACCUCCAGUCUCGCCUCAUCUGCGUAUCCAGCGCCAAGUGCUUUGUGCUCAAUGGUCUGAUCUUUCUGGGAAGUAUCUACUUUUUCGACCAAGUCGUGAUCCCGGUCAUUCAUUUGUUCGGGGAACUGCUCCACCGCUCGUUAACGACCAAUGGGACAACGUCUCAAGUGGACGACGUCCGUGAUCGCGUCGAUGGCUUUGUGUUCCUACUGUACCAGGUGUUGUGGAUGUAUCCGAUCUACAGCAUCAGCUUUAUCCUGAAUACGAUUUGGUACCAAGAAAUUGCUGACGAUGCAUACGUGCAGCUUCAUGGCAAACCGUCACCUACUGCAGUAACGGAUAUGAUCCGAGAUGAGAUGUACCGUGCCAUCCUCGUGGCGUUCUUCCUGUUGCAGACCGUGCUGUCGUAUCUCAUUCCAGUCGUUGGUCCUGCUACGAGUUUCAUCCAUCUCAGCUGGCUGUACUCGCUCUACUGCUUUGAGUACAAGUGGUCGUUGGCGGGGUGGAGUCUGGAGCGACGACUAGCGCAUUUGGAGCAGAAUUGGGCCUACUUUGCUGGAUUUGGCAGUCCUUUCACGCUGGCCACGUUCUUUGUCCCGAACUUCGUGAGCAAAGGAAUAUUUGCUCUGCUCUUUCCAGUGUUUCUGCUCCAAGCGAUUGCGUGUGAUCCCGAGACAGAGGGCAAUGAAGCAUCGAAGAAGCUGCCGAUGUUCCGAUUCUCGCGCUGGUGGAGCUUGCAGUUGUUGCGGCGGAUCGGACAUGCUACAGGCCUGAAGACGAAAAAGCAGAGGGCAAUGGAAAAGCAGAAGCAAAGCAAACGGAGCUGA